AUGGAUCAAAGUUAUUAUCGUAGUAUAUAGGAGAAAUUAGAAAAUAAUUUAGAUUUUAGUAAUAAGAAUAAUGAUGUAAAGAAUUUAUUACUUGAAUGUAAUAAAAUCUAGAAUGUACUUAUUAAUGUUUAAAUUUUUAAGAAUGUGUUGGGUUAUAAAAUUAUGAGUUAGAUUUUUCAAGCAAUCUAAAAAUCAGGUCAAAGAGUUUUACUUUUAGAUUAAGACCAAGUUUAAAUAAUCAAAUCAUGUAAAUCUUUAGCAACAUUGGGUUUUCUAUAUAAUCAAGAAUAAAUUAGAAUAUAAUAAAAAGAGAAAGAAUUUAGAGAAAAUAUUAGAAAUUAAAUUGAUGAUCUCUAAAAAUAAGGUUUAUUAGAAAAAGCUUUCUUAUUUGAUGAAGCUAUGAAAUGCAAAACAAAAGAAGAGUAUAUAGAGAUUAGCACUACAAUUAAAAUAAUACUAAAUGUACUAAUAGAAUUUGGAUCUGACUCAUAUCAUUUUACUUAAAUCUUUGAUGUUAUUCUAAAUGCCUUACUCCUAACAGGAAACAAUACAACAAUUGGAAGAGAUCACCAAUUAUUAUCAAUUCUUGAUAAAUUUCAUAAGCUUCUUGCCAAUUCCACAUCACCGUAUAUAUGGACUAUCGUUUUUGAAUCAAUUUUAAAUGCAUCCACAUAUAUGGAAAAACCUACAGAUUUUGUCUAGCCUAAUUUAAUUGCCAGAAUUAUCUUAUAUCAUGUAUAUUAGUUUAAUCAACUAGAUUCCAUUUAUGGAAGCUUUAUUUAAUUAUUUUGGUAAGUACUUUGGAAGAUUGUAUAAUUUUGAAUGUAAGAUGUUCCAAUCCAUGCUAAAUUUUGGUGUUACUUAAUAAUCACUUGAUUUAAUAUUAAAAUUUAGUAACCUAUUUGUCAAAGAAUACUAAGUAGAUAUUUUAAGAGAUAUAAGAAAAGAUCUUAUUCCUAAUCUAUUUAAAUACAUGAAAACUGUCAAUACUUUUGAUUAGUUAUAAAAUUUAUUUAAUUUUUUCUUAAUUUCAUCCUGUUAAUAAUUAGUAGAUAAAGAAUUAGAUAAUUAACACUUUUCAGAUAUCAUAUUUAAUUUUGAUAUGAAUUUUGAAAUUUAUUCAGAUUCAUAAUUAAAAAGAAUUGCAAAUUUUCUUGCAUUACUACCUAAAUAAUUUAAUAAAAAAGAAUUGUAAAGCUAUAAAAGUUUAGAAGAUAAAUUAAAAAAAAAAGUUAUUUACAUACCAUAAUCAAUUUCAUAAAACUUAUUGAUGAAUGAACAAAUUUAAAUUUGGUUUCAGGAGGAAAAUCAAUAAAUUUAGUCAAAAUCCAAAACUUAAAAAUUAGUUGGUUUAAAAAAUUUGUUAAAUAGUAAAUAAUAUUUUCAUAUUAAUAUUUAGCAUGUUACUUGAAUAGUUUCAUUUAAGCAUUAUUUUGGACGAAAGAUUUUAAAAAUCUUAUAAUAAAUGAAUUCAAACGAGAGACUGUUGAAUUUUUAAAACCAUUUAGUUUAAAAACCAAUUUUUUGAAAGUAUUACUUUGAAUAAUAUUAGUGUUUCUUAUUUUUGGAUUCAAUGACUGAUGAUAUAGAUUACACUCCUUUACUAUUAAAAAGAUCUUUAAGAGAACCAUAUAAAACAGAUGUUAGACAAUAAGAUGCAGCUGAAUUUGGAGUUCAUUUAUUUGAAGAUAUGGAAAAUAAUUUUGAUCCAGAAGAAUAUGUAUAUAAAAAUAAUUAAUACAUUUAGAAAUAAAUCAAAGAAAUUUUUUAUGGUAUGUCAAAAUCUACUUUUAUUUGUAAGAAUUGUGAAAAACAAACAAAAGGUCCAGAUGAAGAGUUUAUGUAUAUUACUUUAAACUUUGAAGACAAUAGAUAAGCUAAAAUGAAAGAUGAAAUAGAAAAAAUGAUUGAAAGACAUUAAAUGAAAGAAUAAAUUACUUUUAAUUGUGAAUAAUGUUAAAAGACUACUUAAAGUACUCGUACUCUAUAAUUUUCAAAAUUACCUAAAAAUAUAAUUAUGUAAAUUAACAGAUUUGAAUUUCAAUAAGGAGUUCGUUCUAAAAUAAAUGAUUAAAUCAAUUUAAAAGCUAUAAUAAAAAUAUAAGAAGAAGAUAAAGAUUUAAAUUAUGAAUUAUAUGCUGUUUUAAUACAUUUUGGAGAAAUACCAGAUGCAGGUCAUUAUACUAUUUACUGUAAGGUAGAUAAAAAUUGGUAUCGAUUUGAUGAUAAUUAAGUAAAUAAAAUUGAUGGAGAUUUUGAUAUAAUUUAAAGAAAUUUCAAGUAAAUUUAAAUUAAAUAUUAUUUUAUAGAAAGGAAGAAACACCAUAUUUGUUAUUUUUUCGAAGAAAAAAUAAUUGA